CGCGCGGGCCUGGUGUCGCUGACCGUGGAGCGCGGCGCGCCACCCCCGCCGCCGAAGGAGAGGCUGGUGAGCAUGAACGGUAAGUUCGUCACCGUGAAGGAUCCCCCGCCUCCGGGUCCCAACGGCACCGGGUUCGUGGUCACCGUGUCGGGCGGCGCCUCGGACACCCCCGGGGAGACGGCGGACAUCUUGGACCGAACCAACGUCGUCGUCGGGACGGUGCUGGAGGGCAUGGACGUGGUGGAGGCGAUCGCGGCGCUGCCGACGGUGAAGGAUAACUCGUCGUCGCCGUUCUUCGCGGUCGCCAAGUCCAUCGGGGAUAAGCGAGCCACCGUCGCGGAGCAGGCGUUUGGUAAACCGUUCGCGAAGGUGACGGUGGCGCGGUGCGGGAUCGUGCGGGACGAGCCCCCCGCGCCAAGUGAGACCGAGUGA